GAGAUAAGGUGUUCGGUAGCAGCAGCACCGCGUGCUGAUGCGGGCCUGAACCUUGCAUGAUUUUAUGUCAUGGAUCACUAGGAAGAGUUAUCAAUCAAACGCACCAUUGAAACCGCCCAAAUUCCUGCGAAUCUCGUCUAUCUCAUCCUUGGCGAUAUGUCACAAUAUUUACUUUGUUACAAGAUGCGCUCAAAGUGCGCAAUACCUCUAACACUGACAAUAAGCGUUGAGCCAUGGCAUGCCCCUUCCGUCACUGAAAAAUGGUUAGUCGACCAGAUCCUGUUCGCGUUUGGCUCAGUCUUCUAUUGCAGUUAAUGCUGAAGCGGCAAGUCAAUAUGGGUUAUUUUCAAUCAGGCACCCCCUUGAUCACAUACGGAAAGGUGGACGGGCUUGAUGAUCCGCUGAUCACCACCAAAGAGAAACUGAUACAAUUCUCGUGGCUCAAACCAACUCGACGGACGUUCUUACUUGUCCGUCCUUGGGAUCGUCACCUCCUCGAGCUGUCUGACUUCGCAGACUCGGACGAUGCAGAAAGCUUGAGAGGCUGGUCUGAGUUUGAGUCUCUUGACGGCUCGCCUGGAGAAGAGGAGUUGACUGAUUUCAAAAUCUUACUUUGCAGACAUUGUGAUUGAUCGAUUGCCUCGGACAGCUGUUCGGCGCAUUUUUGCUAGCCCGGCAGCGCAGUGGGGUAUACAAGAGGAUCA